AUGAACUCCUUUCACAGCAAUGCUAUGCCCCAUGACCUUGGUUCUGAAUUUGGGCUUUUUAAACAUACUUCCAUUGCUGCAGCAGUUCUGGUCAAGUCUCUGCAGACGGACAUUGUCCUUCACUUCCAUGUUUUCUCUAAUGACUCAGUGUCCAGUGUUGGUGGUGGGGGGAAAAAAACAUCUCUGUUUGUGCUGUGCUCCUCAGGUCUGGUGGAGAUCUGUCUCAUGCAUCCUCUGGACGUGGUUAAAACACGGUUUCAGAUCCAGAGAGGGACCAGUGACCCCAACAGCUACAAGAGUCUGGGCGACUGUUUUAGGACCAUCUUCAGAAAUGAAGGGAUUUUUGGUUUCUACAAAGGAAUCCUGCCCCCGAUCCUGGCAGAGACGCCCAAGAGAGCGGUCAAGUUUUUCUGCUUUGAACAGUACAAGAAGCUGCUGGGACUGACUCCUUUGUCUCCUGGAGUGGCUUUGACGGUGGCGGGUCUGGGCUCUGGUCUGACUGAGGCUGUGGUGGUGAAUCCUUUUGAGGUGGUCAAAGUGAGUCUUCAGGCCAACAGAGACGCGUUCAAAGAGCAACCGUCCUCGUUUGCCCAGGCGAGGAAGAUCAUCAAAGCUGGAGGGUUUGGGCUGAACGGACUGAACAGGGGCCUCACCUCCACUCUGGGACGACACGGGAUCUUUAACAUGAUCUACUUUGGGUUCUACUUCAAUGUCAAAGAUGCUUUCCCCGCCAGUCAGGACCCCACUCUGGAGUUCUUGAGGAAGUUUACCAUCGGCCUGGUGUCUGGGACCAUCUCCUCCUGCGUGAACAUCCCCUGGGACGUGGCCAAGAGCCGGAUCCAGGGACCUCAGCCUGUGCCCGGGGAGAUCAAGUACAAGACCUGUAUGCAGACCAUGGCUCUGGUCUACAAAGAGGAGGGGUACUUGGCGCUCUACAAAGGACUGGUGCCAAAGAUCAUGAGGCUUGGACCAGGUGGCGCUGUGAUGCUGCUGGUCUAUGAAUAUGUGUCUGGAUGGCUGAACAGAAACUGGUAAAACUAAAAAAGGGAAACGAGAAACUGAAAUCCAAAGUGCCUUAAAGAAAAUCUCACUGUCAAUAAUUCUACUUGACCAAACAGUCACUUUUAAUCUUACACAACAUAUGCUGGUAUCAUGUUUUUAUAAACAAGCAGUCAUAACGGAAGCAUAUUUUAAUAAAGAAACUAGAAAGAAAAAUGUUUAAACUUGUGUUAAUAUUAUUUUAGGAGUUUUUCAAAUGUCAACAGCCAUUUCACAUGAACAUUCUCAACAUUCUAACUUUCAUUUGCUUGAAAAUAAUAUGUUUGAGCCAUUUUCUUGCAUUAAUGGCACUCUAUGUAACUUUUCUGUUUAAAAAGGCCACCACCUUCUUGUGUUCAUGGAGAUGAUGCUUUGUCUACAAUAUUCCACCAUAUGCCUUUACAUUUCUCCAUGGAGACAAGGCAGAAAAGUUACACAGUGCAUUCUGAAUGACUUUCAUAUACACAUCAACUGUUUAAAAUGGUAUUAACUUAGUAUUUUCUAGUUUCCUCAUUCACUGACAGACAUUGUGCCAAAAUCUAUUAAAAAUAGCCUGAGUUAGCUGGAAUUUAAAAGUGAAAAGUGAAGUCUGAUGCACACCAACUGCACUUCUGUGACGCACAAGAGUCUGAAAAUGCCUCAGUAAUAUUCUAUUAAUAAUAUUAUCUCUAAACUUAUUAUUGUCUUAAAUGUGAUCACAGUAUACAGGGAUCAAGUUGUCAAGUAUGAUUUUAGUUUAAGAAAAUCUGGAUACUGUGUUAGGUCAUUCAGGCAACUGAUUAAAAAAAAUGCAGUCCCCCAACACUGUAAAAAAGUGAAGAUGUCAAAACAAACAAACAAAAACAAAAAAAACCCAACAACUUGAAAACAGAUGUUUUCUUUGUGGUAAAAUGUUAAGGUGAAUGAAUUCACAAUAAAUACCCAAUCUCAAAAGUUUGGAUGGACAGCAAAAUGUAGAGACCCCCACUAACUAGAGAGUUGCCAGUUUGAUUUGAUUCUUUGUCUGUAUUCGGAAUGUUGUCUUAAAUAUGAUCACAACAGGUUUUAUUCAUGGUUACCGGAAGACGUUUGGAAACGUGCGGAUGAUGACUUCUGGUGUAGUUCUGAACACUGGACCUGUGAUAAAACCGUGAAUUCAGCAGCAGCGUCUUCACAACCUGCCAAAGCUUUCCAUGGAGGACGGGACUCGAAUCGCUUAUUAAUCUAAUCACUCACAGGCAGUGGGUUUGAACUGAAGAUCUGCCAAACAGAACGGAAAGCUACAAUGACAUCUUUUUAAAAAAAAAUUAAGUUAGGCAAAUCAUAAUACACAAAUUAGGCAAUUUAUAAAAGGAAAAAAGAAAGAAAACAAUGACAUCUAGAUGAAGAAAAUCAGGCCAUUUUCUCAAUUUUCCCAGAUUUUGUCAGAGAUCCUAUCACCAACAGAGCCCAAAGGAAGUCGUCAUCUGCAUGUUUCCAAACGUCUGCCGGCUUUUUUGAUGUAAACGUGAAUAUACUGACACAUUAGUAGGAUUUUAGUUUAGUAAUGUCUGUGUAGUAAUAAAUUAUGUUUUAAAUUUGCUAGAAUCUUUUGGUAACACUUUAAUUUACAGACCACAUAUUAGUGGCUAGAUUGUAGUAAAAUGCAUAAAAAGUGCUUAAUUGCAUCUUUGUUAGUAUUUGUCAAGUACUUUCCAUACAUUUUUAUCUAAGUCUGUAUUUUGCAAGUAUCAAGCCAUUCUUACUUUCUUUCCAUUAAAGUAGUGAGGAUUACAAUAGAUGUUUCUGGGUCCCUAAGCUAAAGUGCUACCAAUCUUUUUUAUUUUUUCAUGUAAAAUUUACGAAAUGAUGCCAACUUAUUAUGCAAAAGAAUGAAUCAUUUUAAGAGCAGAACAUUGGACAUUUAUUUCACUCAGAUCCUCAGAAGCUCCAUUUGAAAAUCACCUGUCAUUUUGAACUCCACAUUACAUGGUCUAAACUUACAUCACACUUGGACUCCAACAGGGAUCUUUCUUCUGCACUGAAUACCAGAGAGUGUGGAUAUUUUUCUGUUACAAAAUUUACUUGUGUGUGAACUUGCAACUCUGUAAUGCUGAAUGACAGAUCCAAAUAAAAAACAACAACAUAUAUAUAUAUAUAUAUAUAUAUAUAUAUAUAUAUAUAUAUA